AACUCAUAGCUCUCCGUGCGAACGACAAGCAUUAAUUCGGGACUCGCACACGGUGACGGAAUAUAAAAGAAAGCAAUGUUAAUGUUAAUUUAAACGUGGUUGUCGUAUUUUGUGUAUUUGGAAAUUUAAUGGAAUUGCUUUGAAAACGUUAAGGUGUUAGUGAAAGUUAAAUAAAUUACAAAAAUAUAUAUAUAUUGUACGCGUCUUUAGUGUCGAAUGCCACAAUUUGUACUUGAUAAAUCUUUAUUGUGUGUGUGCAUGUGUGCGAAGUUGAGCAUAUACACGCACAUAUAGCAGCAUAAAUGUUAGUGUGAGUGUAAGCCGAAGCGACUCAACAAACGACGACAUUUCGAAGUGGACGACGCCGUCGCAGCAGCAGCAGCUGAGCCAAAGAAACAAAUUUUAAUACACACACACAUACUCACGCACAAAAUAAAGAGAAGCGUAGAUAAAGCCACCAUUUUACAGUAUCGAAAAAAAGAGCAAGGCGCAAGUCGAAAGUCAAAGCGCCUUUGGAUACAAUACAAAUAUAUUGCAGCAACACUUUCGUAUUGCCGUGUAAAUUCACUUACUGUUUUCAAUAAUGGCAAGCUUUCAAAUACAUCGUGACAUCAACGGAAAGGAGAAUCCGAACAUUAUGAAUCUCAAGGAGAAGGCAGUUUUGGGAGCUGGUGGCAAGCAGCAAAUUAAGGCAAAUGUGCUUGCACCGCGCGCCAAUUCGGGCGUGCUGGCUACGAACAACACCAACGUGCCGCGCGGCAUUCCCGCACCCUCCGGCAAAGCGCCUCUUCGUGAUCUUGGGGUGGAAAACGCUGGCUAUGGCGUCGGUGGCGGCCCUAAAAAAUCAAAUGCUGUGCCCGUGGAGCAAUUCAAGACAUUCUCGGUAUACGAGGACAAUAUCGAUACACAGGUGCAGCUGCAGUCCCAACUCAAUGCCAAUGCUGCCGAUAAGGAGAAUAUUCAAAAAGACAAUGGCAAAUUCGAAUCGAUGCCAAAACAACAUGGCUUUCAACUGGAUAACACGCCCAUGUCCGUCACCGAUGUGCUGUCUCCAAUGUCCGUUGACCGCUCUAUCGCUGAAGCCAACACUAGCCUCACUGAGGACAUGCUAAACGCCAGCGAUGCUUCUGUGGUCGCAAAAGCUGAGCUGAUGCCACGCAAUGAUCGGCAACGAUUCUUUGAGGUGGUUCAGUAUCAACAAGACAUCUUGGAGAAUUUCCGAGAGAGCGAGAAGAAGCAUCGCCCCAAGCCGCAGUACAUGCGUCGCCAGACUGACAUCAAUCACUCGAUGCGCGCCAUUCUGGUUGAUUGGCUUGUUGAGGUCGCCGAGGAAUACAAACUGGACACGGAAACUCUCUAUCUGACAGUGUCCUAUCUGGACCGCUUCCUUAGCCACAUGUCAGUGAAGCGCGCCAAGCUUCAGCUGGUUGGCACUGCGGCCAUGUAUGUCGCUGCUAAAUAUGAGGAGGUCUACCCACCGAACGCUAGUGAGUUUGUCUUCCUCACUGACGACAGCUAUACACAGGCCCAAGUGCUGCGCAUGGAGCAAGUGUUCCUCAAGAUUCUCACCUUCAAUUUGUCCACACCAACACCUUACGUUUUCAUGACCACCUAUGGCGUGAUGAGCGAUAUGCCCGAGAAACUCAAGAGCUUGGCCUUGUACAUUUGCGAGUUGUCACUGCUGGAGGGAGAGACUUAUAUGCAAUAUUUGCCAUCACUGAUGUCGUCUGCUUCGCUCGCUUUGGCACGUCACAUUUUGGGUAUGCAGAUGUGGACGCCAGAGCUGGAAAAGAUUACCACAUACUCGUUGGAGCAAUUGAUGGAUGUGGUGGUGCUGCUCUGCAAAACACACAAGGGCGCCAAGGACCUCAGCACUCAGGCCAUACAGGAGAAAUACAAGCGAGACAAAUACAAGAAGGUGGCAAACAUCGAGAGCAUACAACUUAGCAAGGAAAACAUGGAGGAUCUAUUGCAGGCGUACAAGGCAGCCUGCUCAACGGACUUAUUGUUUGGCCUGAAUGAGGAUUCGAAAGUCGAUUUGUUUUAUAAGUUUUAAGUGUUUUUU